GGCAGGGGGGGUCGGUGAGCAUCACCUUGGCCUCGGGGCUGAGCUCCGCCUUCGCUGCGCAGGUCGGCUCCGGCCCGUAUCGCCUCAUGUCCCAUCGCAUGCCGCCCGUUUGCCGACUUCUUACUUCCACGAUUCUUCGCCUAAUUUAUCCGUUUCGGUGUUUUCGUUGGCGUUCUGCUGAAGAUUUUGAGCGUCACGCCAUGGAAGCCGGUGCCUGAGAGCCUAAGAGAGAGCCUCCCCCCCACCACGGUCCACCAGACGCCACACGAGGGGGCACUUCUGCACUCUGGGAGUCUCUACGCCUGCCCCAGCGUCUCUCGGCCGGGGACCUGGAGCCUAAAGUUGUCACAGAUCGGCAGGAUGAGGAGGAUAGAGAGGAGCAGAGAGCAGGACGUCCAUGAGCGUGCGGUGUGACUGAGCCAGACAGACACAAGGAGGGCGAACUCCCUGUGCACCAGCAGCUGACUGGUCUGAGUGUUUCGUCCAACGAUAACUGCGGGACGACGCCAUUCUAUACCUCUGAAAGAGGCCAGACCUUCCCUUGGUCUGUAGGGCUGCGUUUCUGGCUUGAAGGUGUGAGAUUCUGCUGGCUGACACCUGUGGUUUUGUUUGGUACUGAAAGGACUAUACUUGCUGCAGACCCAAAGACGCAGUACCCUGCCAAGAACUCACUGGGGCCAGGCUUGAUCGCGUGGACGUAUUUUCUGAGUCUGUGAUGCAGAUGGCAUCAUCUGUUUGUGAAGUACCGAUGUGAGGUGGACGUGCUGCUGGUCUCCUGCAUGAACGUCCUUGUAUGAGCCCCCAUGCCCGUCCCCUACGAGCCAGAGGGAUGGCAGAGGUACAAACGUCACUCUAACACCUUGUAGAGCGUCGGAUUUAAGGAGCUGCAGCCGUCAGAGAUACAAGGAACGCGAACUGUGCGAGGAGGGGCUCGCCCACGGCCCAGCCCUGGCAGGGGGGCUCAAGCAAGAGGACGACAGUACGCGGGGGCGGGGGCAUUCACAGGGGAAGAUGAUGGAGAAACUGGAGCCCCCCGCUUCCCCCAGCGCCCGGCGUGGCGAGCAGCUGAGCCCUCCGCGAAGCGUGUCGCCGCCCGUUAACAGCCCGGCGGCUAAGGAACCGCAGAACCGGGGAGAUUCGGCCCAGAGCGGCGUCUCCGAGGAGCCCCCCGCGCCGUGCCAGCGCUCGCCGGCUGAGCUCAUCGCCGUGGAGACGUCCGACGGAGGGGGGUUGGCCAGAUCGCCCCACGAAACGACACCCCCGGUCUCCACCGCCACAGACUCCCCCCUCAACCACACCACGCCCCCCCCCACCCCAUGUUCCUCCGCCACCCUCCCCCCCAACAUCCCGGUGAUCAGCCUAGGGCACAGCAAGCCCCCCAUCCCCCCCCUCCCUCUGCCCAGUCCCCAGCUGACUGCCCUGCACCCUAUUCCCCCCCGGUCCCUGGGCUCCAACGACAUCCGUCUGACACAGCUCACCUCCCUCUCUGCUCCGGCUCCUACUCUCCCCGUGCCGCCCCCCGGCCCCCUGUUGCCCCCCUCCUACCUGCCCGGCCACCCUUUCUUCAGUAGUGCUUACCUUGGUCCCUCGGGGAAUUACGGCCUCUUUGCCAGCAGCCGCAUGAAGAGGAGACCCUCCUCGCACUUUGAGCUGGGCCUCUCAGAAGGUCCCCCCCAGAAGCUGGCGCGGCGGGUCUUCACCAACAGCCGGGAGCGAUGGCGGCAACAGAACGUGAACGGGGCCUUCUCAGAGCUACGCAAGCUCAUCCCCACGCACCCGCCAGACAAGAAGCUCAGCAAGAAUGAGAUCCUGCGACUGGCCAUGAAGUACAUCAACUUCUUGGUCCAGCUGCUCCAUGACCAGGCCAGUGAAUGGGGAAGCCAGACCACUGAGGAUGGGGGGCCCCGGGAGGAGGGAGAAGAAGGGGAGGCUGUGGAGGACGAGCGCCUGGGUGUGGCCAAUUCGUGGGAUCCGAACCCCGGCUCACAGUGUGACAGCCCCUCCAGAGGCCACUCGCUGACCGAUCGGCCGGUGCUGGGCUCAGCCCUGCCCGACCGGGACUCCGAAUCCAUGAGUACCCUGGUAAUCUCCCCAGCCUCCAGCUGCUAUGGUGACACGGACAGCGAGGAGAGCCUGAACUCCAAAAACUCAAUAGUAAACCCCGGAGCGUGCGGGCUGGAGCAGACCGCGGCGCGGAUACAGACGGUGCUCGCCAGCGACCAGCGGUGAUGCCAUGGUUACGUCCAGAAAUAUACUGAGCGGAGAAUCCGGACUGCCUGCCAAUGCACACAUCUCUCUUUCAUUUUGCCAUAAUGACUGUGACGUCCGCAUCUCUGUAAAUACAGCUAUUUCUUCUGUCAUGGCUGCCGGCUGUUUCUUUGAGUGGUUACAAUAGCCAUGAAUCUGAGGUGUGAUCACCCAGGUCUCGCAUCUGAAGUGUCAUUUCAGGCCAGGUCCUGACGCCUAUACCGAGACGGAUGUUGGCGUCGGAGGUGGCAAACCGGGAAUCCUUCCACGGUCGGGAUCUGAGGCUAGAAGUUGAGCGCCUGCAUGGGCGGAGCCCAGAUCUGCGCACCCAAGGCUUUUCAGGUCAUUGUCGCUGCUUUUUGUUAGAAACUCACACACACACAUGCACACGCGGCUUCCUCUUCUGCGGCCGACGGGCAGACGUGACGGCCGAUGUGGCGGCGGCCGGAAGCGAACGACCAUGGUUCCCUGUUCCACAUCCUCAUCUGACAGAGAAGAAACUUGUUUAGAUUCUGCCCUAUUUAGAGAGCAAGCCGGCUUGUGCCUCAUCAUCCUGCGCCAGUCACGUCGGAACGUUUAGAUCAUUAUCCCAGUCGCCCCCCACCCCGAUCUGUUAGUGAAGUCGCAGUUUGAAUUACUUGUGAAUUAGCGAGUGUGGUUUGUUACUCUCAGACUGACCGCAUGCGUUAAAUGUUCUGAUCUGUCUGACAGGCCAGCUGGGAAGGCCGCUGAAACCCGGCACAUUUGAAGGGCAGCUUGUGGGCUUUCAGCUUCCUGCCGUUCUCUCGUACCACUUCCUGCCAUUACACGAUGGACACAGUUGAACGUCUCAUAGAUGCAUAAACCUCAGUUUUAAAUAUUUUCAUUGAGUGAAGUCGAGAUUGGCUUGUUUUUGUAUUUUUGAUAUAUUCUUCUCACUUCAGGCAGGUAAACCUGCCUCUCAGGUAUCCAGGUUUCUUUCUUUCCCAAGGGUGGAACUGAAAAUUCAACCAUAGCUAUAAAUAGCAGCACUUAGCCAACUGUUUGAAUCACAGUUCUGACUGUGGAACACAAGAAGGGCUGCAGAAAUUGGGCCUUUCUGGUGCAUUUUUUCAUGCUCCCUCAGGAUAAGUGAAUUGGGACAGGGGCUGAGGGUUUAGGAGUGUUCCAAUUGGCAUACUAGCACACUCAGCUACUUGGUUUGUGUUCUUCCAGGAUUGUGUUAUGAUGUGCAGAAGGAUGAGUCUCCAUCACAGUGGUUUCAUUUUCUCACCACUUGAGAGUAAUUUUUGAAAUGUUUUACUCAAUGACUUUAGAAAACUCCAAGAACACUUGAUUUAAUAUAAAGUACAUAAUAUAGUUUUUAAAAGUCUAUAUUUUAACUAUUGUUAAAUUAAAUCAUUCAAGAAAUGUAACUUAGCCCUCUUGUGACCAGAUUAGCUAUUAUUGAGUAACUCUAUCUUGUUUGGUAUUUUGUUUUAGAAAUACUAUGAUUAUAAAACUAACAUUGUGAGAAAAAAAUGAGUGGCUUUAGUUGAUUAAAUAUUCUCAAAUGUGAAUUUUACAUGUAAACAUUAAAUUAUCAGUAUUAAACUUGCUUUUCAAAUUAAAA